AUGUCGUCACUUAUAAAUGCUAGUGCGUUUGCUGAUUUAUUCAUUCAACCGCAAAUGCAGCAGGUUGAUAAUGAUAUGCCUUUUGAGCCACCUUCUUUGUUAGGUGCAUCUGUAGAGCAAGUAGAAAAUGAGACAUCUACUCAUGAUUCUUGUAGAUCCUCAUUUAUUGAUUUAGGUGCAAGUGUAGAUGAUACAUCCGCAAGGUCAAGGGGUAGGGAGAAAACUGAGAAGCACAGACAACAGAGAACUCCCUCUGGUCGAGAUGUUGCUGAAAGCCGAGAAAGGACUUCAAAUAUGGAUGAAGAUGGAAUGACAUGGAUGAGGGACAGAAGUUCAAGAGAAGUAGGGCAAAGAAACAGGUCUAGAACCCCUGAGAGGAGUAGUAGGCGUUACCAAGAAUCAGAGCUUUCUGAGAUGGAUUAUGAAAGAAGCGUGGAGCGCAAACAGAGAGAACUAGAAAGGGAUGACAGAUCCAAAAGUAGGGAUGAUAGCUGGAGUGACAGGACAAGGGAUCGGGAAGGAUCAAAAGAAAACUGGAAAAGGAGACAAUCGAGUAAUAAUGAUAAAGAUUCCAAAGAUGGGGACAUUGCGUAUGAUCGUGGUAGAGAAUGGGAUUUGCCAAGGCAUGGUCGCGAGAGGAAUGAAAAUGAAAGGCCUCAUGGUCGGUCAGGCAAUAGAAAAGAUGUAAAUCGAAGUGAAGCUGUGAAGACAUCAUCAAAUUUUGGAAUUUCAAAUGAUAAUUAUGAUGUGAUAGAGAUCCAAACCAAGCCUCUUGAUUAUGGAAGAGCUGAGUCUGGAUCCAACUUUCCCCGGAGAGCCGAAGUUGGUCAGCAGUCUGAAAUGAAACCAGCUCUGAAUGAGGAAGAAUGGGCAUAUAUGCGAGACAAUAGGGGAAGGAGAACUGAUAUAUAUGGUUCUGGACCCUUGGAUGAAGAUUCAAGGGACAAAUAUGCAGAGGACAAUAACUUAAUGCGAGAUCCAAAUUUAUGGAAUGAUGAACUUGAUUACAGCGGAGGGAAAGGAAGAGGCCAGAAACUUACUGUAUCUGGCCGUGGCAUUGGUGGCCAAAGUUCUAUUGCUGGGUCUCAACCACCUUAUGGAAACCAGGAACCAGGAACUUUUGGCCGAGCUCCUUCACAAGGUGUGAAAGGAAGUAGGAUAGGAAGAGGAGGAAGGGGAAGACCUACUGGGAGGGACAAUCAACAGGUUGGUCUCCAAUUGCCUAUGAUGGGAUCACCUUUUGCUCAUCUGGGGAUGCCACCGCCUGGACCUAUGCAACCAAUUAACCCUAGUAUGUCACCUGCUCCUGGUCCUCCAAUUUCUCCAAGUGUCUUCAUUCCACCGUUUUCCCCUCCUGUGGUCUGGUCUGGUCCUCGAGCAGUUGAUAUGAAUAUGCUAGGUGUUCCACCUGGUGUCUCUCCUGUUCCUCCUGGACCUUCUGGCCCAAGGUUUCCUCCUAACAUAGGAGCUUCGCCAAACCCUGGUAUGUACUUUAAUCAAUCAGGACCUGCAAGAGGACCUUCAAAUGUAUCUCUGUCUGGCUUUAAUGUGGCAGGGCCCACGGGACGAGGAGCACCACCUGAAAGAACAUCUGGGGGUUGGGUUCCUUCUAGAACUGGUGGUCCUCCUGGUAAAGCUCCCUCCAGAGGAGAGCAGAAUGAUUAUUCUCAAAAUUUUGUUGAUACUGGUAUGCGACCACAGAAUUUUAUCAGGGAGCUGGAGCUUACUAAUGUUGUGGAGGACUAUCCAAGGCUUAGGGAGCUUAUACAGAAAAAGGAUGAGAUUGUAGCUAAAUCUGCUUCUCCUCCCAUGUAUAUGAAGUGUGACCUUCGUGAAUUGGAGCUGUCUCCAGAUUUCUUUGGAACCAAGUUUGAUGUUAUUCUUAUAGAUCCCCCUUGGGAGGAAUAUGUUCACCGUGCACCUGGAGUUGCCGACCAUAUUGAGUAUUGGACAUUCGAAGAGAUCAUGAAUCUUAAGAUUGAGGCAAUAGCUGACACACCUUCGUUUAUCUUCCUUUGGGUGGGUGAUGGUGUGGGCCUUGAGCAGGGCCGUCAGUGCCUAAAAAAGUGGGGUUUCCGGAGGUGUGAGGAUAUUUGCUGGGUGAAGACCAACAAAACAAAUGCAACUCCAGGCUUACGACAUGAUUCUCAUACUAUAUUUCAGCACUCAAAGGAACACUGCCUGAUGGGUAUAAAAGGAACUGUUCGUCGCAGUACUGACGGUCAUAUAAUCCAUGCCAACAUUGACACUGAUGUAAUUAUUGCCGAGGAACCUUCUUAUGGUUCAACCCAAAAGCCAGAAGAUAUGUAUCGAAUAAUUGAGCAUUUUGCUCUUGGCCGCAGAAGGCUUGAGCUCUUUGGUGAAGACCACAAUAUUCGAUCUGGUUGGCUGACUGUCGGUAAAGGACUCUCCUCAUCAAAUUUUAACACAGAGGUACAUUAUCUUUUGGAAACAGAAUUUACAAUGAUUGUUGAAUUAUUUUCCUCUUGUUGAUGUGUUUUACAGAAAUUGGUUGAACAUUUCAAAUAGUAGAUUUGGUAUAUAAGAAAGGAAGCAUUCAUGCAAGUAGAAUAAAGGGCAAAAGUUCUUUUGCUGUUAUAUACCGAGGAAAAUAAUGUUUUCCUUGGCAUUUACACACUCUGAAAGUCAAACAGCUAUACAAACACUGAAGAAUAAAGAUCCUGCAGCUAACAUUUUGUAUAGAGUGUUUUCAAUGAAUACUAGCUCUCUCAUUCAAAUUAGAUUUGAUUUCUAUUUGACU